CGUUCAGCCAAUUAAGCAACAGUUAAACGCGUAAAACGGGGCGUAUUCUCGAGACUGCUUGUUUAAAACAACCCUCACAAAGUCUAAGGUUGUACGAGUCAAAGAUGGACUCUGACCUUGACUAGUGCCUUUGUUUACUCUGGCGGCUCGUGGUUUGCUUGAGGCUCUGCUGAGGAAAAUGAUUUUAGACUUGUUGCAGAAAUUUGACGCCUGAGGAGCAACAGCGAUGGCUCGGUGCCUAAAUUCAUAUGCUGAGAAAGCCAUGCAUGAAGAGCAUUUCGAAGAGGAUGUGGAUGACGAAGACUUAGAUGACGAUGACGUUGACGGUUACGAAGGGCUUAGCGACUAUGAUGAUGACGACAUACCUGGGUCAUCUGGAUUCGGAAGUCAUAGUUUCGGUAACACUGGCACCGAAAGCAAAGGUUCAGAUAUGCGGCGUCAACGCUCAAUUAGUGAAGGUGGUGCUAUGUAUAAUGUCGAGACUGGCGAAGAUAAUCGACGGGAUCACCACAACCAACUUGAGCGUAAGAGACGCGCCAGCAUAAAAACAAGUUAUAACGAUCUGCGUGAAGUGAUACCAGGCCUUCGAGGAUCAAAAGCGUCCAGAGCAGUUAUAUUGCAACGAGCAGUUGAAUGUAUUGAAGAACUAGUUAAAUUGAAUCGUGAUCAUACCGUUUGCGUUGAAACACUUAAACGCCAAAAUGAUAUAUUAGAUUCACGUGUUCAAGAGCUGCAGCGUUUAGUUCAACGAAUGGAUGGUGAGGAAGCGUGCAGCACCCCAACACCAAUCUCUUCUGCUACUACUAACACUACUUGUCUGACUAGUAACGUCGCACUUCGUUUGAUUUCACCGAAUCCAUCAGGUGUCCCAAUGUAUCGUUGUGUGUCACAAGAUGUGCUUCAGUCAUCUGCGUCCACGGAAUGCACUGGAACUGUCUCUGGAACGGAGUAUGUAUCUUCUAGUCAUAUAUCUGUUCUUCAACCACAAAAACCGAUUCUCUGCACAAUGUCAAACUAUUCUUCAUCAACCCUUGGGCGUACCAAUACAGUGAUGCAUUUUGUCACAAAUACGGCGAAUACUCUGAAUUCAAUUAGUGCAUUGACAAGCGAUAGUAAUACUACAAGCUUAGUUUCCAGUUCACACUCUGCAUUUUCACCUUCUGUCUCCUCUGAUGGAUCUAGUACUGGUCCUGUAAGAUCCCUUUCUCAACGGUCUAGUCCUGGUGGGUUAUCAUCGUCAUCAUCAUCAUCAUCGUCUACUAAUACUUCUUCUAAUCCUACAUCUCGGCAAUCCUUUCGGAUAGAUGAUGAUUAUCCAACAGUUCCUUCAAGAGAAAUAAAUUCUACUGGAUCUUUGGAAAAUAUGCCAUCUGUAGAGGGUGUUGCACGGUCAAGCAUUAAACCAACAAUUCGUAUACAGUCGCGUUCAGCAUCUAGUCCUUCACGUUCAUCCUCUCCACCGUCUAUUUUAUCAGCUGUACCAUCUUUGUUACCAACUAAUCGUAAAUCAGCAGAUUCUCCUAUAUAUUCAUUAUCACAACAGUCAUUAAACUCAGGAAGUUGUGAAUUAUCUGACAACUUGAGUGGAAGACCAAAACGUCGUAAAUUUAGAUGAGCUUUUAUUCAAUAGUUUUUUGUUUUGUUUCCUCGAAGUUAUCCAGUUUAUCAUUAUUAUUAUUAUUUUAUUUGUUUCUUGUAUUAUUAUUAUUAUUAUUACUAAUAUUUUUGUUUUCUGUGAUGUGUUUAUUUUGGCUUCAUUUACUUCUCCAGUUUAUUGAAUAUUUAGUUCCUAAACAAAGAUUCCCAUUUUAUUCACCUUUUAUCUAUCAGUAACGUUUUUAAAUAAUAAUAUCGAUGCGUUUUUAUCCGUAUUGUAUUCACACACAUAUAUAUAAUAUUAUUGAUUUUAUCCACUCUCUAUAUUAUAAAGCGAAGUAGGUUUUUAGUAGAAUUAGUUGGUUGGCGCAGACAACUAAACUCCUCCUCAUUCAUCUCUAUUUGCACUUUUACUUUGUUGUUUCUCACGUUCGUUCUCUGGUGCUUUUAACCUUCACUUGAUGUUUUUAAAGUCAACCACUCAGUCUUUAAUAAGAGACUGUGGUUUUUAAUGUGUAGUUGAAUUCAUUAUGCCUAUUUAUACCUAUGUAUUUCUCUCUAAUAUAUAUACAUAUAAUAUGCUUGUUUAUCAAUCUUAUUUUUUUGUUAUUUUACGUUGUGUUUGAAAUUCUGAUAUGUAGAUUUCCUUUGAAUAGUUGCUUUUUUGUAUUUGAUGAAUCAGCUGCGAUAAAAUUCUUAAGUUCUAUUCUGCAGUCAGUUCAACACGCAUGCAACAUUGUGUUACAAACAGUCUGAAGUCUUUCCUAAAGGAAGAUUACUAUUAGGAUUAUUUUUUUUAUCCACUUUCCCUCGGUUUCUAUGGACUGACUGACUGGUUUCAGCGUAGAACUUUGCACAGAUGUGCAGCAGCACUUUGAUUCGCUACACUCCCUCCAGGUACCACACAAAGCAAGAGCAGAGAGUAAAGAGAGAG